UGUUUUAUUGAUAGAUUUCAGCAUGGCCAGCUGAUGCAGGUCAACCACUGAACUCUCUGUCUGCAUCCAAAGAGAACGCAGUCACUGAACCGUGCACGAUUAACGGGAUGUGGCGGUGAACAUCUGACAACACGCCGUGUGAAGGACGCGCACCAGACUUCAUCAUAUAAAUCUUACACACCAUCACAGCAUAAACAUAUACAAUAUCCGCCUCAACGCGCCGACUUAAACCAUCCUUCGUCCUGAGACAUAACGUGUUGUAAACAUCUGUCGCUUGAUGAUGAUGAUGCAAUCCCAUGAAAUGAGGACCAUUGCUUUCAGAGAUUUCGUCGACUGUAUGGCAGAUCACUGUCGAUAUUUCCCAUCACAGAAAUUUGACAUCAUUUACUGAAGUGAUAUUUUAAAAGAGCAGCCAAAAUGCACCGCGUUUUAAGAUUCAGCCAGAUUGUUGGUCGACAGCAGACUACUUGUUUUCUGUGUGGACAUCGAAUUCUUUGUAAGAAGACAGAGCUGAUCGACAAGAACCACCAGCAGUUAUCUGGCAUCUUCACGUCCACAUACGUCGACCAGCACGCCAUUCAGAGAUCCGAUCUACUCGGUUCCAAACGAAUUGUCGUCAAGCUAGGUAGCGCUGUCAUCACUAGAGAAGAUGAAUGCGGAAUUGCGCUGGGGAGACUUGCUUCUAUUGUGGAACAGGUGUCAGAACUGCAAAACCAAGGCCGAGAGAUGAUUUUGGUAACCAGCGGCGCAGUGGCUUAUGGGAAACAGAGACUUCGACAAGAGAUCUUCAUGUCCAUGAGCGUCAGAGAGACGAUGUAUAAACGAGAUUAUGGGGGGAAGAUCGUCUUGGAGCCGAGGGCAUGUGCAGCGGCAGGACAGAGUGGACUGAUGUCGCUGUAUGAGGCAAUGUUCAUGCAGUAUGGAGUAAGAACAGCCCAGGUUCUCGUGACUAAGCCCGAUCUUCAGAAUGAGCAAAGCUGCAAGAACCUACGUAGCACACUGUCGGAGCUAGUCCAGCUGAACAUUAUUCCAAUCAUAAACGCUAAUGAUGCCGUAGCGCCACCUCCCGAGCCAGACAAGGACCUCGCUGGGGUGAUCAGUAUCAAGGACAACGACAGCCUCGCAGCCAGAAUGAGUGUGGAGAUUGGUGCUGACCUGAUGGUCAUCAUGUCUGACGUGGAUGGCCUCUACACCCACCCACCUGGCCAGCCGGACUCCAGGAUGCUCUUCACCUACUGUCCACACAGCAAGGACACGGAGAUCCUGUAUGGAAAGAAGUCACGAGUUGGUCUCGGAGGAAUGGAAUCAAAGGUGGGCGCAGCAACUUGGGCAUUAAAGCAUGGAGUAUCAGUUGUAAUCUGCAAUGGCACCGAGGACAAUGCCAUCAUCAAUAUUCUGCAGGGCAAAAAGGUUGGCACUUUCUUUACCAAGGACGAUUUCAUGGGAACUCCCGUUGAAGUUCAGGCAAUGGAUGCUCGUAAUGGAAGUCAGCAACUUCAGGCACUCAGUGGCCUACAGAGAGCUACCAUCAUCAAUCGCUUGGCAGAUCUACUCCUUGAACGGAAGUCUGACAUCCUUUCAGCAAACCAAGUGGAUAUCACAGAAGCCCAUACAAAUUCAGAACUGUCUCCAUCAAUGGUUGCUCGUCUGGUGCUCACCGACAAGAAACUACAGACCCUGGCGUCUGGUCUGAAGCAGAUUGCUGAGGAUUCUGUGUCAGCCGUGGGACGUGUCAUAAAGAAGACAAAGAUUGCAGAUGGCAUGGAGUUAAGACAAGUCACAGUUCCCAUUGGUGUUCUUAUGGUCAUAUUCGAGUCUAGACCAGAUGCCCUUCCACAGGUGGCAGCAUUAGCUAUAUGCAGUGGUAAUGGCCUCUUGUUGAAGGGAGGAAAAGAAGCAUCACAUAGUAACAAGAUACUUCAUGACCUUGUUCAGGAAGCUCUCAGACCCUUUGUACCUGUAGAGACAAUCUCAUUGGUGAGUCGAAGAGAGGACAUAGAAGACCUUCUGCACAUGAACGAGUACAUUGACCUGGUGAUACCCCGUGGCUCAAGUGAUCUAGUGAAGAGAAUCGAGCAAGCCAGUAGAGGAAUCCCAGUUCUCGGGCACAGUGAAGGCGUCUGCCAUGUGUACCUCGAUGAAGACAUCAGUUCAGAGAUGGCCGUCAGAAUAGUGCGUGAUUCCAAGUGUGACUACCCGGCAGCAUGCAACGCCAUGGAAACGUUGUUAGUGCACAAGUCGUUGCUGAACACCACCAUAUUUGAUGAUCUUCUUAACAUGUUCCAUAAAGAAGAUGUAAAAAUCCAUGCAGGUCCACGUCUUGCUGGCUGCUUGAAGUUUGGACCAUCUCCAGCUUCUUCCAUGAAGAAGGAAUAUGGUGCUCUGGAAUGUGCGGUGGAAAUUGUGAAUGAUGUGAAUGAAGCUAUAGAGCACAUCAACAAGUUUGGCAGUUCACACACGGACACUAUUGUCACAAACGAUGCUGAUGCUGCUCAACAUUUUCUGCAGUCGGUCGACAGUGCGUGCGUCUUCCACAACACAAGCACACGGUUUGCUGAUGGUUACAGGUUUGGACUUGGUGCUGAAGUUGGUGUUAGUACAUCUCGAAUCCACGCCCGGGGUCCAGUAGGAAUGGAGGGAUUACUGACAACAAAGUGGGUGCUGUAUGGUUCAGGACAAGUGGUGUCCGACUUCAGUGAUGGAAAACUGCAGUAUUUACAUGAACCUAUUCCUGUGUUGUCAAGCGAGGACAAAACAGAAACUGCAGUAGAUACGCACUAAUUUAGUCUUCUCAUGUCACUAAUUUAGUCUUCUCAUGUCACGUUGUAAUGUGACCAUCUAUUCUGUCCUCAGAAUAUUUUCAUAAGAACUACAGAAAUCCCAAGAUUUAGUUUUUCUUCUUAUAUAAUGAACAGAUGAAGAUCCUAUGGAUUUUUCUGGAAUUCUGGGGCCAUAUUCUUCAAAACAAAUUUAUCUAAUUUUCCACUUAAACAUAAAUCUACAACCGAAUGUAUUUUUAGUGUAAUGGCAAGUUACAUUGUGAAGUUGGAUGUAACUUUACGUCUGCCCCCAGUCAUCGUAAAAGAUACAGAGGCAGGAUGUAACCCAGUGGUAAAGUGCUCACUCGAUGCACAGUCAGUCUGGGAUCAAUCCCCGCCAGUGAGCCCAUUGGGCUAUUUCUCGUUCCAGCCAGUGCACCACAACUGGCAUAUAAAAG